UUCUCUUCUAACCAGCCAAGCCAAGGCGCAUCUAGCGAGCUGAGCAGCAAUGGCGGCUGCUACUUCUUCUAGGCGCCCUGCAGCUGCUCUGCUGGUCCUGGCAGCAGCCGUCGUGGCCCUGGCGGCCGAGGGGGCCAGGUACCCGCCGCUGGCGCCGGGCCUGUCGUUCGACUUCUACAAGAAGAGCUGCCCCAAGGCGGAGUCCAUCGUGCGGGAGUUCCUGGCGUCGGCGGUCCGGCAGAACGUGGGGCUCGCCGCGGCGCUGAUCCGGCUCCACUUCCACGACUGCUUCGUGCAGGGCUGCGACGCCUCCAUCCUGCUGGACGCCACGCCCACCCAGCCCAGCGAGCAGCAGUCGCCGCCCAACCUCACGCUCCGCCCCGCCGCGUUCAAGGCCGUCAACGACAUCCGCGCCCGCCUCGACCAGGCCUGCGGCCGCGUCGUCUCCUGCGCCGACAUCGUCGCGCUCGCCGCACGUGAAUCCGUCGCCCUGGGUGGCGGCCCGGCGUACAAGUUGCCACUGGGCAGGCGCGACGGGCUGGCGCCGGCAUCGAACGCCGCCGUCCUAGCGGCGCUCCCACCGCCGACGUCCAAGGUGCCGACGCUGCUGUCCUUCCUGGCGAAGAUCAACCUGGACGUGACGGACCUGGUGGCGCUGUCGGGCGGGCACACGGUGGGCAUCGCGCACUGCGGCUCCUUCGACAACCGGCUGUUCCCGACGCAGGACCCGACGCUGAACAAGUUCUUCGCGGGGCAGCUGUACCGGACCUGCCCGACCAACGCGACGGUGAACACGACGGCCAACGACGUCCGCACGCCCAACGCCUUCGACAACAAGUACUACGUGGACCUGCUCAACCGGGAGGGCCUCUUCACGUCGGACCAGGACCUGCUGACCAACGCUACCACGCGCCCCAUCGUCACGCGCUUCGCCGUCGACCAGGACGCCUUCUUCCACCAGUUCGUCUACUCCUACGUCAAGAUGGGGCAGGUCAACGUGCUCACGGGCUCCCAGGGACAGGUCCGCGCCAACUGCUCCGCGCGCAACGGCGCCGCUGCUGGUGACAGUGACCUGCCGUGGUCGUCCGUCGUCAUCGAGACCGUCGCGGACGCCGCCGGUAGCCUCGUGCUCUAGAUAAUAAGCAAAUAAGCAGUUUGAAGCUUGCUUCGCAUGCAUGUUGCAACAAAUAAGCAGCUAGUAGCGAUCGAUCGAUUGGAAAUAAAGCAGCUAGUAGCGAUCGUUAUUACAG